ACAAAGUACACAAACAAGCAACCUAGCUCUAGCUCCCUUUGAUCUUUGCACCACCAAAGAUUGUUUCUUAAAGUGUAUCCUUGAUAAGAAAAAGGACUCCUUAUUCCCAGCUGCCUAGCUACACUAUGCCUUCCCUACUGUCCGAUGCCUUUCAAGCUUAUCCUGUCGAGCUCCAUCACAAGCACGUCGACUUCAAGUCUGUGAAAGAACUGCCCGAGUCGUACGCAUGGGCACCCCAUCAAGUUGAAGAGAAUCUUUCAUCAGUCGGCUCCUUCAGUAAAGAAAUGGUGCCCAUCAUUGAUCUUGACGACCCGAAAGCGCAAAACCUCAUAGGCCAUGCGUGUAGGACUUGGGGUGCAUUCCAGGUCAUGAACCAUGGCAUACCUAAACAACUCCUUGAUAAAGUUGAGUGUGCCGGAAGGAACCUCUUCUCCCUGCCGGUCCAGCAGAAGCUCAGGGCGUCCCGCUCGCCUGAUGGAGUCUCUGGCUAUGGCGUGGCACGAAUCUCCUCCUUCUUCCCCAAGCUAAUGUGGUCUGAGGGGUUCACCAUUGUCGGGUCGCCUUUGGAGCACGCCCGCGGACUCUGGCCUCAGGACCCUGGCGCAUUCUGUGAUAUAAUUGAAGAGUACCAGGUAGAGAUGAAGCGGCUUGCGAGGAGGCUAAUGCGGCUCAUGCUCGGUUCAUUAGGUGUUACAGAAGAUGAUAUCAAUUGGAUGGCAGACAAUAAUGGAGGAGAGUUCUCCACGGAGGCAUGUGAUGCUCUACAGCUGAACUCCUAUCCUGCCUGCCCGGACCCAGACCGGGCCAUGGGCCUUGCGGCCCACACCGACUCGACGCUCCUCACGAUCUUGUACCAGAACAACACGAGUGGUCUGCAGGUCUUAAGAGAAGGCGAUGGGUGGGUUACUGUUCCUCCGCUUCCCAGCACGCUCGUGGUCAACGUGGGGGACCUCCUCCACAUACUGUCCAAUGGUCUGUUCCCGAGCAUCUUGCACCGGGCGGUGGUGAACAGGACGAGCCACAGGUUAUCCGUUGCGUACUUAUACGGGCCGCCCAGCAGCGUCGAGAUAUCCCCCUUGAAGAAGCUAACAGGCCCAGCCCAUCCACCGCUUUACCGGCCCGUGACAUGGACCGAGUACCUUGGCACCAAGGCAAAGCAUUUCAACAAGGCGCUUUCGUCUGUCAGGCUCUGCGUCCCCAUCAACGGAUUGCUCAAUGUAAACGACAAUGUACUGAAAGUCGGCUAGCUUUCUUUGUUAUAGCUAAGGUAAUUAAUUCUUGUAUCCGUUGGCCGGUGCGACAGGGACUCAAAUGUCUUGGAGGGUUGCGGAAGUGUUCCUAUAUGAUGAUGGCCGUGAGUGUGAAUACGAGUUGUAUUGAGUUCAUUAAUAUAUAGAGAAGAUGCUGAUAGAUGUAGACACAUAGUGAUAGCCCAGUCCUGUGUCUGUCCCCCUAGUCUUGUCUGUUGUCUCUAUUGGUUGGAUCUGAAAGAUGGAGGGAAUAUGGCGUAUGUUUGAAAUUAUUCCGGUAAAAAGACACACAAGAAGAAACAACAGCCCAUUUGCCCUGAGGAUGAAGCAAGCAAAGGAUGAUCCAACUCCCAACUGAUAAUAGGACACAGAUCUGGGCAGCAAUUUCAUCUGCCAAUCUCUUGUCUAAUAUUGUCAACAAGGAUCAACCUCGGAAGAGUGGAUCAACAACCCAGAUUGGGUCAGCCGGUUAUGAAAGUUGGUACGCGGUCGAUCGAGUUUCAUUUCAUGUCUUCGUGAUGUUUCAUUGAUUUGGAUUAAUCUCGAAAGUCAUUUUACUGUUUA